AUGGCCCAGACGUCUGCUUUCAACAAGUCCAAAUGUCUCACACUCUUUCUCUGCCCCUUGCAGGUAGAGCUACAUGUCCACCUAGAUGGAACCAUCAAGCCGGAAACGAUCUUAUACUUUGGCAAGAAGAGGGGCAUCCCCCUCCCGGCAGAUACGGCCGAGGAGCUGCAGAACAUCAUCGGCAUGGACAAGCCCAUCUCGCUCCCAGCCUUCCUGGCCAAGUUUGACAUCUAUAUGCCUGUUAUCGCAGGUUGCAGGGAGGCCAUCAAACGGAUCGCCUAUGAGUUUGUGGAGAUGAAGGCAAACGAGGGUGUGAUAUACGUGGAAGUGCGAUACAGCCCACACCUGCUGGCCAACUCCAAAGUGGACCCAAUCCCCUGGAACCAGACCGAAGGGGACGUCACCCCUGAUGAGGUUGUGAACCUUGUGAACCAGGGCCUUCAGGAGGGAGAGCGAGCAUUCGGCAUCAAGGUCCGGUCCAUACUGUGCUGUAUGCGCCACCAACCCAGCUGGUCCCUUGACGUGUUGGAGCUGUGCAAGAAGUACCGUCAGGAGACUGUGGUGGCCAUGGACCUGGCUGGUGAUGAGACCAUUGAAGGAAGCAGCCUCUUCCCAGGCCAUGUGGAAGCCUAUGAGGGGGCUGUGAAGAAUGGCAUUCACCGUACUGUCCAUGCUGGGGAGGUGGGCUCUGCUGAGGUUGUGCGACAGGCUGUGGACAUACUCAAGACAGAGAGGGUGGGACAUGGCUACCACACCCUGGAGGACGAGGCCCUCUACAAGAGGCUACUGAAAGAAAACAUGCACUUUGAGGUCUGCCCCUGGUCCAGCUACCUCACAGGCGCCUGGGAUCCCAAAACGACGCAUGCAGUUGUUCGCUUCAAGGAUGACCAAGCCAACUACUCACUGAACACAGACGACCCUCUCAUUUUCAAGUCCACCCUGAACACAGACUACCAGAUGACCAAAGAGGACAUGGGCUUUACUGAGGAGGAGUUCAAGCGACUGAACAUCAAUGCAGCGAAGUCUAGCUUCCUCCCAGAGGAUGAGAAGCAGCAGCUUCUGGAGCAGCUUUACAAGGACUACCAAUGAUCGCCACCGGCUGACGGGCAGGUCCUCUGAAGAUGGCAAGGCCACUUCUCUGAGCCUCAUCCUGUGCAUGGAGUCUUCACAACCCUGUGACAUUUUGACCUUCAUUCCUUCCAGACCUUGGUGUGUCUAGGUCUUUCUUCUGAUUAGGUGUCCUGGCUAGGCCCAGGGGCCCUGCCAAUCAUGGGUAUGAAUAGGAAACCUUCCUUCUAGGGCUAAAGUUCUGGUGUUCAAUAAAGCAGCUGGUGACUGUUAUCUUGCAGCACACGGUGAAUGUGGUUUGGGGGCUGCUGGCUGGGGCGGGUAAGCAUGAAAGGGUCCUGGGCCCCACACUGGGUAUCAGGCUGGGAGGAGCCAGGACUUCUUUCCUCUAGAAAUGACACUUUUCCAGAGGGGCUGUUUGAGCAGAUGCUCCUGAACUCCCUGAGACAGGGUUUCUCUGUGUAGCCCUGGCUGUCUUGGACUCACUUUGUAGACCACGCUGGUCUCAAACUCA